UGUUUUUCUACAAACAGCAGGUAAAUGUUUUAUGAUAGUCUUAUUUAUACCGGUCGCUUUAUGGAGAUAAACGAUACUUCAUGCUGCGGUGUUGUGAAAUGACGCUGUGCCGAGUAAAUUAUGCCUGCUGAGCGCAAGCACUCAGUAAACAUGGAUGAGAAAGAUGUUGGUUCAUUCAGCAACAAAGAAAAAGAGAAGGACGGAGAGAGGAGACCGGGGUCUGCUCGUGAUAAAAUGAAAGAUGAGGCCAAAGUGAGUGUGAAAAAAGACUGCAGCAAGGACGAGAAGAGAAAGCGCCUGGAGGAGGAUAAGAAGAGGAAGGAGGAAAAGGAGCGAAAGAAGAAAGAAGAGGAAAAACAGAAAGCAGAGGAGGAACAGAAGAGAAAAGAGGAGGAGGAGAAAAGGCAACAGGAGGAGCAUGAGAGAAAGAUUCAAGAGGAGGAAGCUAAAAGACAGCGGGAGGAGGAGGCAGCACUGUUGAAAGAAAAAGAAGAAGGACAUCAGCUGCACCAGGAAGCCUGGGAACGGCAUCAGUGCAGGAAGGAGCUUCGCACAAAGAACCAGAAUGCCCAUGAGGGUCGGCCCGAAGAGGCCUUCUUCAGCCGCCUGGACUCCAGCCUGAAAAAGAACACAGCCUUUGUGAAGAAGCUCCGCACACUCACCGAGCAGCAGCGAGACUCACUCUCCAAUGACUUCGCUUCUCUCAACCUCAGCAAGUACAUUGGCGAGGCUGUGGGCUCUGUCGUGGAGGCCAAGCUGAAGAUCUCGGAUGUAGGUUGCGCAGUCCAUCUGUGUUCUCUCUUCCACCAGCGGUAUAGCGAGUUUGCCCCGCUACUGCUGCAGGCGUGGAAGAAACACUUUGAAGCGCGCAAGGAGGACAAAGCGCCCAAUGUCAGCAAGCUGCGCACAGACCUGCGCUUCAUUGCCGAGCUCACCAUCGUUGGCCUUUUCACAGACAAGGAGGGGCUGUCUCUCAUCUACGAGCAGCUGAAGAACAUAAUCGGCGCCGAUCGGGAGACGCACACGCAUGUGUCAGUGGUGAUCAGCUUCUGCAAACACUGUGGGGAUGAUGUGGCCGGGCUAGUGCCACGCAAGGUCAAAGUGGCCGCUGAGAAGUUCGGCUUGGGCUUCCCACCCAGCGAGAUCAUCAGUGCGGAGAAACAGCAGCCCUUCCAGAACCUUCUGAGGGAGUACUUCACAUCUCUCACAAAACACCUGAAGAAGGACCACCGGGAGCUCCAGAACAUCGAGAGACAGAACAGGCGCAUACUGCACUCCAAAGGGGAGCUCAGUGAGGACCGCCACAAACAGUAUGAGGAGUUCGCUACUUCCUACCAGAAGCUGCUGGCCAACACACAGUCGCUGGCUGACCUGCUCGAUGAGAACAUGCCAGAGCUUCCUCAGGACAAGACUGUGCAGGAGGAGCAUGGCCCUGGCAUUGAUAUUUUCACCCCCGGGAAACCCGGAGAGUACGAUCUGGAGGGAGGGAUCUGGGAAGAUGAAGAUGCCCGUAACUUCUAUGAGAACUUGGUGGAUCUGAAAGCCUUUGUCCCCGCCAUCCUCUUCAAGGACAACGAAAAGAGCAGCCAGGGCAAAGACAAGGAUGACAUCAAAGAUGGCCGGGAGGCAAAGGACGGAGUCAGUACCACAGAAGAACUGGAGCUGGAGUUGGAGGCUCUGGACAUCACUGAUGAUCCUCUUGAACUGGAUGGUCCAGAUGAGGCAGAGAAUGAAGAACUGGCCAAAAAACUGCUGGAUGAGCAAGAACAAGAGGAUGAGGAGGCCAGUACUGGGUCCCAUUUGAAGCUCAUUGUGGAUGCCUUCAUCCAGCAACUCCCCAACUGUGUCAACAGAGACCUCAUAGACAAGGCUGCCAUGGACUUCUGCAUGAACAUGAACACCAAAUCCAACAGGAGGAAGUUGGUUCGCGCGCUCUUCACUGUCCCCAGACAGAGGUUGGAUCUUCUGCCCUUCUACUCUCGCCUUGUGGCGACGCUUCAUCCCUGUAUGUCUGACGUGGCUGAAGAUCUGUGCUCCAUGCUGAAGGGAGACUUUAGGUUCCACAUUCGGAAGAAGGACCAGAUCAACAUUGAAACCAAGAACAAAACCGUCAGGUUCAUCGGGGAGCUGGCCAAGUUCAAGAUGUUCUCCAAAACGGACACUUUUCAUUGUCUGAAAAUGCUUCUCUCUGAUUUCACUCAUCACCACAUUGAGAUGGUGUGCACACUGCUGGAGACGUGCGGCCGCUUCCUGUUCAGAUCACCUGACUCUCACCUGCGUACCAGCGUGCUUCUGGAGCAGAUGAUGCGUAAAAAGCAGGCCCAGCACCUGGACGCCCGCUAUGUCACCAUGGUGGAGAACGCCUACUACUACUGCAACCCCCCGCCCAUAGAGAAGGCCGUGAAGAAGAAGAGGCCGCCGCUGCAGGAGUACAUCCGCAAACUGCUCUACAAGGACCUGUCCAAAGUGACCACCGAGAAGGUGCUGAGGCAGAUGCGUAAACUGCCCUGGCAAGACCCUGAGGUCAAGAGCUACCUGAUCUGCUGCAUGGUCAACAUCUGGAACGUCAAGUACAACAGCAUCCACUGUGUGGCCAACCUGCUGGCUGGUCUGGUGGCCUAUCAGGAGGACGUGGGCAUCCAUGUGGUGGACGGAGUCCUGGAGGACAUUCGACUGGGCAUGGAGGUCAACCAGCCCAAGUUUAACCAGCGUCGGAUCAGCAGCGCCAAGUUCCUGGGCGAGCUCUACAACUACCGCAUGGUGGAGUCGGCCGUCAUUUUCCGCACCCUCUUCUCCUUCAUUUCCUUUGGGGUGAACCAGGACGGCAGCCCCAGCCCGUUGGACCCGCCGGAACACCUGUUCCGUAUCCGGCUGGUUUGUACCCUGCUGGACACUUGCGGCCAGUAUUUUGACCGAGGCUCCAGCAAGAGGAAGUUGGACUGUUUCCUCAUCUACUUCCAGCGGUACAUCUGGUGGAAGAAGAGCGUGGAGGUGUGGAGCAAAGACCACCCGUUCCCCAUUGACAUCGACUACAUGAUCAGCGACACCCUGGAGCUGCUCAGACCCAAGAUGAGUCUCAGCUGCUCCUUGGAUGAGGCCACCAAACAGGUUACCGACCUGGAGAGGGAGGUGCUCGUCAAACUAGGUUUGGCCAUGGAGAAGGACGGUCGCUCCAGCGCCAUGAGCGAAGGGGAGGGCCUGGACGAGGAGGACGACGAUGGUGAUGACGAAGAAGAAGGAGGCGCGGAGACAGAAGAGCAGUCCGGAAACGAGAGUGAAAUGAACGAGCAGGAGGAGGACGAAGGUUCUGAGAACGAGGACGAGGAGAGAGAGGACGAGGAGGAGGAGAACACGGACUACCUGACCGACUCCAACAAAGAAAAUGAGACUGAUGAGGAGAACAAUGAGGUGACGAUCCGUGGCGGCGGACUGAAACAUGUGGCGUGCGCCGAGGACGAGGACUUCAUCCAGGCUCUGGAUAAAAUGAUGCUGGAGAACCUGCAGCAGCGUAGCAGUGAGGCGGUGAAGGUCCACCAGCUGGAUGUGGCCAUUCCUCUGCAUCUGAAGACCCAGCUGAAGAAAGGGGGCAGCGGACAGCCGUGUAUCGCUGAGGGCGAGAGCGACAUCUCUGACACCAUGCAGUUUGUCAUGCUCACACGCAAAGGCAACAAGCAGCAGUACAAAAUCUUAAACGUGCCGCUGUCGUCCCACUUGGCGGCCAAUCACUUCAACCAGCAGCAGGCUGAGCAGGAAGAGCGCAUGAGGAUGAAGAAGCUGACCCUGGACAUCAACGAGAGACAGGAGCAGGAGGACUACCAGGAGAUGAUGCAGUCCUUGGCCCAGCGGCCGGCCCCGGCAAACACCAACCGAGAGCGGCGUCCUCGCUACCAGCACCCCAAAGGUGCGCCUAACGCCGACCUCAUCUUCAAGACGGGGGGAAGGAGACGCUGAUCAGAGUCUGUGCUGAGGACGAGCGAGUAUGAGAAAGAACGAACCAGCAGGAGAGCGAGAGAGA